GGGAACGUCACGCUCCCUCAUUUGGUGUAUAUAAAGUGUACCCUCACUUUGACCUCCCUUAACACCUACCCCCAUCUCCUCAAGACCUUAAGGCCUCAUUAUCAAACACAAUCAUGGCCCGCACCAAGCAGACAGCUCGCAAGUCCACUGGAGGCAAGGCUCCUCGUAAGCAGCUCGCUGCCAAAUCCAAUGCCGCUCGCAAGACCGCCGCCGCCGCCGGAGGUGUGAAGAAGCCUCACCGUUUCCGACCUGGAACCGUCGCCCUCCGCGAGAUUCGUCGUUACCAGAAGUCCACUGAGCUGCUCAUCCGCAAGCUGCCUUUCCAGCGUCUUGUCCGUGAAAUCGCCCAGGACUUCAAGACUGACCUGCGGUUCCAAUCGUCAGCUGUGAUGGCUCUCCAGGAGGCUGCCGAAGCUUACCUCGUUUCUCUCUUCGAGGACACUAACCUUGCCGCCAUUCAUGCCAAGCGUGUGACCAUCCAGCCGAAGGACCUCGCCCUCGCCCGCCGUCUUCGUGGAGAACGCUCUUGAGCGAGGCGCGUCGAUGCACAUCCCUAUUCUGCCGUCGGUCGAUGUCAGAUCCGCCGCACGUGCCCUGUAGAUACGCCACUUUCCUACUACUUAUCCGUGUAUAAUUGUAUGUAAAUGCACAAAUGAUCAGCACUGGUCGUUCUGUUGUCC